CGGGUCCAGAUCCUUGCACCGCGUCAUAUUCGAACGCUUACGAGGACGCGUUUUGCUGCGCACGGACCUUAGCUCUGUCAUCAUCUGUUUUUACAUAGCAAAGCCCAGAGGAACUUGGGAGCAACUGCAGCCCAAUGCAGAAUGCUUACGGCCGUCAAUUGUACCUCGUCCAUGUCCUCUACUCCCAACCUAGAAGGAGUUAUUAUUCACAAGCGGUGGAAAAUUCUUCACCCAAUCGGAAAGGGUGCUUUUGGAGAAGUUCAUUCUGCAUUUGAUCUCCAUACCCAGAAGCCUGUCGCUAUUAAAAUUGAGCCGCCUACGAGUAAGAAGCAGGUCUUGAAAUUGGAGAUUGCAAUAUUGAGGAAGCUGGGUGUUGCCGGGUCGAAUUCGAGUCAUUGGAUUGCUGAAUUUGUUGGAUCUGGAAGAUUUGCAAUUACGAGCAAUGAUACCGAGAAGAAGGCUGGACAGGAUGCAAAGCCGCUACCGGUGUAUCACUUUAUGGUGAUGCAGCUAUUGGGACCAAAUCUGUCUGAAAUUCGCAGAAAUACUCCCGGUCAUCGUUUCCCGCUCCAGACUGUGACCGAGCUCGCUCUUCAGAUGUUACAAGCCAUUCAAGCGCUACAUGGCAUCGGUGUUGUGCAUCGGGAUAUCAAACCAGGAAACUUUUGCGUCGGGCCAGAUUAUUCGCUGGAUAAACCGCUCGCCGGAGCAAGGGUGUAUAUGAUUGAUUUUGGGCUGUCUAGAAAGUUCCUAAAUGGAUAUGGCACAAUCAGAGAGGCUCGACCAAAAGUAGGAUUUCGUGGUACCUCCCGCUAUGCCUCACUUCGAGCACACAAAGGUCAAGACCUCGGACCUGUAGAUGACAUGUGGACAUUUUUUUAUCUGCUGGUGGAGUUCAUCACUGGCUCAUUACCUUGGCGAGGAAAAGAAAAGGACCGAAUUGCAACUAUUAAGGCUGCCUAUCACGAAGCGGAUGUUGGAAAAGAGGGACACGUAACUUACGGUCUACCUUCUCCCAUGGUAGAGAUGUGGAAAUAUCUAGCAGGAUUGGAUUAUGAAGAUCCAGUGGACUAUAAACGGAUAGAAAAAAUGUUGCGAGACUUGCCAGGCGAUCCUGGAGUCAGCCUGAGCAAGACGGUUAGCUCUGCGACAGUCACGGAGCCGACAGCCCCACAACGGUCCUCCAUUGCUGAUCCGCUCACACCACCUAGCAUAGAAUGGACGAAUGGACCGUCCAAAUCAAUUCCUCAAAAUGUACAAUUGCCUUCUCUUCCUCCUCACAACCCGCACCUAAUACCGAGACCACCCCCAACGACUCCGCCAACCCUGCAUCGGCGAUUCCGUGUACGUCGCUAUAAAGCGCGAUAACACUUUUCUAUGACCCAGGCCAACUCAUGCCAAAGACCUCAUUGUUGUUCGAACUCUGCUUCGAUGAUUUUCGCAAGUUUUAGAUUUGCGAUAUUGGUAAUUUAUUCUGUAUAUUACUCCUCUCAUAUGCGAAUAGUUUCGCAGGUACAUGAGAAUAUCCGUUGUAUGGUACUUUCUGACAUAUAUAUAUAUAUGGAAGCUGCUCCGACAAAAUUCAUAGGCGCCGCG